UGCUUCUUUAAACGAGAUUUUGCACCUAACAACUUUUGUAUACACCGCCAUGAUGGCUUCUCAUGUCAACACACACUCAGCGUGUAAAUAUGUAGCGGGCUUGUUGAUCGCCAGUUAGCACAGCCAUUCUCUAAUGGAGUGAGCGAAUCCAAAAGAGGAUUUCUUACGUUUAUAUGGUUAGAUAUAAUUGCCUAUACCACUUAAUAGCUUUAGAUCGCUGCCACUCAAUAAUUCCUUGACACAGUUCACGUCCUAAGACAUGCCAGGAGUACCAGGAAUCACAGAGCGGCCUCGCUCUGUAAAGAGUGGCAAGCCGUUGCCUCAAGCUCACACUGUGCAGCACAGAUCAGAUCUGCUUAUGGCGGAACAGGUUCAGACAGUAAGAGAAUGCCAAAGUGCCCUGGAAAAAGCACUGGCCGAGUUUGAAGCUCUCAAAUCCCCAUCUGAAACAGAAUUGGAAUUUCACAAGACAGUGAUUGAAGAAAUGAAGAGAAAGGCAGAAGAAGCUGUGAUGGUGUUACAAGUUGCCAACAAGUUAAACACGGAGCUUGCCUAUGCACGAGUAGUGCUGCACAAAACUUUGGAUAAUGGUGGAGACCCUAAUACCAUCAGGAAGAGAAUUACAUGGAUGGAAGAUAAGAUGGAAGCACUAUGCUGGAAAAAAAGCCCAAGACCUCACAGCCGCAACCAGGUGUCACCCAGAAAAGAAUUCCCUAGCAGUUUUCCAUCCACACAAGAACAGAGAAAUAGAGAGCAUACCAGUGUUGGGAGAAAUGAUGCAGGUUAUGUCACAGAUUACAGCACAGCAAACACAAUGGAACCUCGGUCAAUGAGUGACACUGACGUUCCUGCACAUCUUCCCACGUCCCAGAGACACAGAGAAGAGACACUUGACUCUAUGGAUCAAAACAGGAGUACCAAAGCUGUAAGGCAUAAAUUACCUGCCAAGAAGGAAGUAGGAAGAAAAACCAAGUUGAUAGAGGAGCACAGUGGUGGCCAGGUGCCUCCUGAACAAGUCCUGUCAGUUGAAAAACUGAAACCGUCACUCAACAUACGUCGUGAGCAAACUGAGCCCCUUUCCCGUCCUAGACCAGAGAUGACACAGAGCUCCUUGUAUCCUGCUAGUGCCCACACUAAGACGGCAGACCGCCAGAUGUCUUUCUUGUCUUCAGAGCUAAGUGAAGGUCACCUUCACACAGCAGAGCAGAUGGACAGGGAAGAAGUUUCGUCUGGACAAAAGUCACAACACCAGGAACCAAAGUUUACAGUUGACUCUAGGAAAAGGUUUAAGGAGGAGGACCCAAAGGAGUCUGAGAGGGAGGAGUUUGAUGAAGCUGACACCAGGUCGGUAGAUGAGGGGGGCGACAGGACACCAGUGACCCCUGUCCAGGUGUUCAUGACUGAAACUCAAAGGACACAACUGGCCUCCAGGGGAACACAGGGUAGUAGAGUGACCAUACAGUCACCUAGCAGAGAGGGAGGAGACACAAAUGGAGAGCAAAGUUUUGCACAGGAUUCUGAUGAUCUUGCUGGAGCUUACUGGGAGUCUGAACACCAUAGGUUUGACUUUGGGGACUACUCUUCUGUCCUGUGUGAGAUGGACCCUCUCUCAUACCACCAGCUGGGGCUAGCUGUCCCAGGAACUUAUAUAAAUGAAAUUGUUGAGUCUGACAUCACUGUUCCCUGGAGGCCUAAAAAUGCUGCAGAGCUACUGGAUAUACAUGAAAUUGCAUUGAACAAGUUGUCGUUGAGGAUGCACAAGAUGUAUGAGAAGGUCCAUGAUGCUGCCAUGUUAUCUGUGGAUCCCAACUUCAAGAAAGACAUCCCAGUUGAAAGCACAUUCCUCAAAAAUUUAGAUCAAUUCAGCAGUAGGGGUCAAACAGCUGAAUCAGUAAAGUUGCCAGGAACGCAAGCCUCUAAAAACAACAGUCAUUCUGGAGGAGGCGACAAUGAGACAACUGUCAGCUUGCCACCUGUCAAGAGAAAUAAUGAGCAUAUAUCCAAGGAGAGAAUGGGGACCACAACUUCUCACAGGAUUGUAUUUUACCCCAACCCUGUCACCCCACCCCCUGUCCUGCCCAUUACCAGAACAAGUAAAGACAAGGAGUACCCCCGCCUUCCCAAUGCAUUCAAUGAUAUCCACACUCCCAGAGAGAAGGCAGAGAGAAUUGUAAACCAGGGAAAUCUCUUGGAGAAGACCAAGUUCAGUCUUUACAGGGCCAAACCCAAGUCCAAAACGGUGUCAUCUCAGAAUGACACAAAGGGGCUUAUGCACCAGCUCACUCUAAAGGAGGUGCAAAGGAAAGGCGCCACAACACCUGCUUCCAGCCGUUCAGUUUCAUUUAAGGCCAUGGCAAAGCUAGCAAGCAAAAUGGGAGGUGGAGAUGACAUAGAGCUCCCCCAAUCCCGCUCUACAUGUAACAUGUCACGAAGGCGCAGUCGGCAAGGUGGACCAAGCCAGGAUGUCUCCAUGCCAGAACCUGUGGAGACAGGUGGUCAGGAGGAGCAAGAGGAAGAAGGGACUUGGAAAAAGAUCAAGCCUAAGUCAGGUCCCUUGAAACACUCAGGGAUCAAAUGGGAAAGAGUGAAGGACAUUGUCCACAACAACCUGACUGCCAGUCACCCAGAUGAGAGAAAGGAUGCCAUACAGGUAAGUUUUGAUAUUAUUUUAAUUCACAGGAUACAUGUUAUUGAACACACAGGUUGUUGGGAAGAAGAUGUGGUUAAAAUGAUUGUUAAGUUUUUGGUGUCCGGCAAUCAGGAAACAAGAAAAGAUCUGAUACGUGCCAUGAUAAAUGGACGAAAUGUACAGUUUGUUAAUAAGAAAAUGGAAGUUUUUCCCAUACUGGUAGAAGUGCUGAGUCAUUUCUGUAAGAACCCAGACCCCUGUGACCCUGUUGCCUUUGAUGCCUCCCUGUGCCUUGGUAAACUGUGCGUGAAGGAAGAGGCAGCUAGGACAAGACUGCGGAAGACUUUAUUUGAGACCAAGGAUACACACAUCAAAAAUCAGGCCCUGGACAUACUGGUAAGACAACUGCAUGAGAAGGACUGGGCCAUUGUGAAGGCAGUUCUAAUGCAGCUGAGGCAUUCUCCAAACUGGAGGCACAGAGCAGAGGCUGCCAAACUCAUUGCUUUCCUGGGUCCAAAAAACGUCUGCAAAGAGUCAGAGGUAGAAAAAGUUUUUGCCCUGUUGGAAUCCAGACUUUGGGAUGACCCAGUCAAGAGUGUGCGACUUGAGAUCACGAAGGCCCUGCAGGCUCUAGGCAUGUACCAGAGGGUGUGUGACAGGGCUAUGAAGCAUCUUGAUAGUACUGAUGAAGACAUUAGGUCACAAGCAGUGAUUUCCCUGGGAGUUCUGGGGAAGAAGGAUGAAAAGACAGUCAGAAUACUCCUGGAGAUGCUGGAGCUGGAUUCCAGUGAAUAUGUCCGUCUCAUGAUUAUUCGCACAUUUGCAACAAUGGGUAUCACUGACAAGAAGAUAAUACGAACUCUGAGGGAACGAGAGAAGACAGAAGGUGUCCUUGGCAGAGAAUCUACCAAAGCGCUGAAGCUGCUAGGAGCAAAUCCCAACGUCUCAGCAACAAAGGUGAUUUGAGGGCAAGAUGUCAGAGUAAGAUGGAUCAGCCUCUCUGGUUACUUUGAAGGCUGAUCUUCAGCUCAAAGUUGUUGUUGCAUAUGACUGACUGGGAGCUUUUGUUAGGGAUGCAUGUUCUUGAUCUCAUCUACUAGUAGACAGCACUUUAAAAGAGCAGACCCAAGAAUAAAAAA